UUUGGUUUCCAGUUUAAAAAAUGUCGUCCAGCGCACAGAAGAAACGAGUGCUCACCAAAGUGCAGCUCGAGACGAACCGCGUGCGCUCGAAAAAGUAUUAUGAAGAUAAUCGCGACUCGGUCUUGGCCAAGCUCCGACUGCACUACAUUGAGAACCGCGAGAAGGAGCGCAAACGCCAGCGUGAAAAGUACCUCCGCAUCAAAGCGCGCAAGCGCGCGGCCAAAGAAGCGACCAAGACGCUGCCGUGCAAUCCGCUCAGCAUCGCGUUCCUUCUCAACUGACGAUAGCAUCCUCGAUCGAGUCGAGGUUAGUAUUUAUCACAGCAUCGAGCGAGCAGUGCGCCAUCGUCGGUAAACAAAAGGUCAAGCGUUCAACUUCCUUACGACCUCUGUGUUGACGUCGUCGAUGGCUCACAAGCACGACGGGGCCAGUUGCAAGCGCUCCGUUGUCGCUGGCCAUUGGAACCACGCCGCCAUGAGGGAGACAUCACCAGCCAUAGAGCUUCGGUCCAAUUAAUGGUGCAAAACCCAAGCUGCUCCCAGAAAGUCAUAAGUACGUGAAGUGAAGCGAAGAGCCACACAUUUCACCUUGUGCAAUCCCAUCAAACACAAAAUUGGUGAGAUUUCUCCAAGGUUGUGUCGUUGCGUCUGUGUCGUAGAAAGGUGCGCGAGAGGCGGACGCGACGCAGCUCGUGCUGACGCCGUCGGUAUUGUUGUCCGACACGACUAUGUACGCAAGGCUUUGCAGUAUUAUGCGCGGCAAUGGCAUUCGGUCCCAACUCGGAGUUGAAAACACUCGGCGGGUGUUCUUACGCAGCGGUUGGUCGGUGAACUGAUUCAUCAACUACGUGCGCACCGUUGCGUGGCGGUACGUCUGUCGCCAGUGGCGUCACGAGUGGUUCAGGCGACCAAAAAGCCCGUUUUGCUAGCCCCAUUUUCUGAAAGGUGCGUGAAUUACAGGAAAAAUUCCCUGGGAGAUUGGGAACGAAAUAGUACCUUGGAACGAACGUCCUCGCAGUGCAGAUUGAGUCGAAGGUGGGGCAUAUAGGGUAACCACGCUGUUUGUUGUUGUUGAAGUGGGGCCUCGAUUAAAAUCGAUAUAAAUACGCAAUAAUUGCAGGUUUUCCCCCGA